AUGGAGUUUGUGGGGUGUGUGUGUGGUACUCUAUGUGAGAGUGUAUCGAAUCCAAGCUUUGACUGUGUAGUUGUGUACGGACCUGGGUCCGGGGUUGCGACCGGGUUCGCACCGUUGGACCUUGGACGUGGGAAACUGAGGCGUUUGGCUGGCUGA